AGCGCGUCAGGCAGACGGAGCGAGCGAUCGGCCGAAGGCAGCCCCGAACAGGCGGGAUCCUGCGACAGGCGUUCUUCCUUCCGCGCCUCGAUUUUCGAAUCCUCGAGACGAAAAGAGAGGAAGAAAACAAAAGAGGCCGACUCGUGCGCGUGCCCGCACCCCCCGUAUGUCGCGCGCGCGCGGUGCCCCCGCAGGUGCAUGAAUGUAGCUACGUGUGGCCGCGCGUCGUCGGCUCUCUUCGCACGCCUUCGUCCCCUCCCCCCCGUCCUCCUCAUUCAGCUAAUUUCAUUCGCGGCGAAGGAGGCUCGUGUGCAUGAGUGUUUUACCUCCAGCAUCCAGUCAGUUUUUACGUCGCACGCGCGCGCGCGCGUUGCAUCGGUGAGAGAGAUCGCCAUCCGGGACUGUAAUUCGGGUGCGAGAUAUACUUCCGAGUCGCGGAGCGGAGAGCGCGAGUCGUACGCGGAGGGGCACAGACAGCGCGAGUCGAUUUUGAAACCGGCGGAAAAUGCAAAUGGCGGCGAAAUUGUUGGAGUAUCUACUUGAAGUCCGCGCCGGCCUGUGCGGACCAGUGCGCGCGAUCAGUGAUGAGUGAACCGUGACCGGGAUAUCUCGUUUCCCGUGCGAAACUUGGAGCUUUCGAGAUGGACAUUGGACGAGGGCACGACGUUUAUUCGAGUAAUCACGUAACUGCAUAACCGAUACGACGCGCGAUACGACGACGACGACGACGCCCGGUUGUAUGCCGUCAUCGUGUGUGUCACCAUGAGCGGCGAGAGCGGCUGGUGAGGAAGGAAGGAAAAGGAUUCUGAUCGAGUGUGAGUUCGAUCGAGAAUGGAAUUUGGGAGCUACAAGGGCGCGGGACCCCGCGUCAGGCUGCGCCGACGUGCGGAAUUGGGCAGACGACUCACCAGGAGGCUGUCCCUCGUCGCGAAAAUGCCGGCUGCGAUUCUCAGCAGGGCGAACCCGCCGGAGCCGAGACCGGUCGAGAUCACGGCGAUUGCACCUGACAAGACGCAGCUCACGUUAUCAGCCUCGUCGCCUGGAGCUGUUUCUUCAGUGGUCGCCCCGAUACUUUUGAAAUAUCGAGUUUGCAGACCUCGAUUGCUGCUUGCUGGUUCGAGGGCCGAAGUCGAUCCCGCGGCCGAUGUAGCUCUUCUGCAUGGCGAAGUCCUACUCAUCGAGGAUUCUGCAAGGCAGUUCAACGCGAUCGGAGACACCGAUCGCAGGUACAGAGCUACAGAGAAGUUGUUGCACGCGGAAGAAGAAUACCAUGAAGUAUUGUGCAGCGCCAAAGAAUUGUACGCACGUCCGUUGGCACGGAGGUAUCCUGAAUUUCACGAUGUUAUCUUUUCGCCCCUCGCGGAUCUGUCGCGGGUCAGCGCGGAGCAUUGCCAGCGGAUCCGCGGGGCACUCGAGAAUUGGGACGGCGGUGCCUUCAAGACGAGUGACUUAUUCCCCGGCCCGUUUUGGAACUCUUACUGGGAAUACUUGGAGAAGUACAGCGAGGCUAGGAGAACGCUGGACGAGCUGAGGGCAACCGAGGACCCCCUACUGCACUUUCUCAGUCUUAGACAGGCGGCCGCGAGGCACUCGCCCUUGUCCUUACUUCUCCUACCGGUGCAGAGGCUCGCCGAUUACGAGAGGUACCUGGGACAGGAAGCCAGGAGCUUGAUAGAUAACGAGUGCAUUGAUAGCGGAUCGGUCCUUCAUCGUGGACAGUUGGAGGGUGACCUUCACCGCAUCCAAGAACUGUUUCCCGGUGACAACUUGCGGCUGCACGAGCGAGACGUCGUCACCACGAAAACGAAGAAUAUGUUACGUAAAAGAAAUGGUAAUACUCCAGCCAGGCUGACGAGAGGACUUUCUCAGAAAUCUCUGGAUACCACGGAUAGUACCUCAUCUCCGACGAAAUCGCCGACUAGGACUUUUCUUCUAGAAACACCAGUCCAGUUCACUACGGGCAUGCAAUCUCAGGAGAGGCAUCUCUUCCUCUUCACCGAUCUUUUGCUGAUUGCGAAAGCUCGUAGCAGCGGAAACUUUAAGUUGAAGCAAAUCGUGAAAAUGAGCGAGCUUUGGCUCACGGCUGGUCACAUAGAAGACGUGGCGGAGACCAGUAAGUCCGCGGAAACCAGCUUCGUCAUUGGCUGGCCUACCACGAAUGUUGUGGCCACUUUCAUGACUGCCGCAACGCGAGAUCUCUGGUGGGGACGUUUGAACGAUCUUGUGCAAAAGGAGAGUAUGAAGGAGCCACCGGAGACGAACAUUCAAAUUGUGUACCAUGACAACGAAACGCACACCGACUACAUCAAAACGAUCAAGGCUCGCUCCGACAUGACGGCGCAUGACUGCGUGAAGGAGGCGACACCGUUGUGGGGUCUUCAAGGACCCUUCCAACUUUGGGCCCGAACGUUCCAAGAGGAGCCGCCAUAUCCGUUGAUAGGGCACGAGCGACCAUUCGCCGUGAAGAUGUCGCGUCUACGGCACAUGCUAUCGACAGACGAGGGUUUCGAUCUGGUGCACAUCAAUAACAGCGGCGUCGAUCUAUGCCAUUUCAUUCUUAGACCCGUGAUGAAGACACCUGCGAAGAAAAACAGUCGGUCGAAAAUAACCGGUCUGUUGCGUCGCUCGCUCUCGCUGAAUACGAACCUCUUUGGCGUGCCUCUGUCGCGGCUGGACGAGAACGGCCUGCCUAAACCCGUUCUCGUGAUGCUGCAACAAUUGUUUGCGAAAGGUCCGUUCGUGCAGGGAAUAUUCCGCAAGUCCGCGAAUGUUCGAAUCGUUCGGGAGUUGCGAGAACAAAUUGAGUCCACGGGAGAUCCUAGUUGUCUGGAGGAUGCGCCGAUUAUAGCGGUGGCAGCUUUGCUGAAGGAUUUCUUGAGGUCUUUACCGGAUCCCCUUUUGACCCUCCAUCUGUUUCCCCUCUGGAUGGACAGUUUGAAUACGCCGAAUCCUGUCCAAACCAUUAAAAGCAUUUUAGAUAGACUACCGAGGGCAAAUUUCACGUUACUUUCGCAUUUAAUUUGUGUGCUGCAUCAUGUGGCGAGGCGAUCGAAACGUAAUCUCAUGUGCGCCAGCAACCUGGGCGUUUGUUGCGGUCCGAGUUUACUUUGGUCCUCGAAUCCGUCGGUGAAUCAGAGUAGAGCGAUCCCGACAAUUACGGAAAUGUUGAUCCGUCACUGUGAAGAUUUGUUUGGCACCAAUGUCACGCAGCUUCUCGGAGAAGAUACACGCAGUGACAGCGGAGCCGAGGAAAGCACUGAUAGUCUUCACUCAGGUGGAAUAUCCUUGGAUAGUUUGGAGCUGACGGAGGCACCGCGUAGAGACCCCAUGUCCCUGUCAAGAGACUCGGGUUUGACCUUAUCAGAUUGCCAGUUAUUCAUCCCGGAAUCGCCCGUAGGCUCGGAGGACUCUGCCCCGAAUGCCCCAUCGUCUACCAAUUAUGAUAAGCCUUUUACGAAGGAGGAGAAGUCUAAUAGUAAAACCUACAUGCCAGUUUAUAGAUGCGGAUGGGAGGAGAGGCUGAACGGUUACGGGUCCGGGAAUCACAACCAUACGAACAGCACGGAACACAAUUUUAGAGAGGAAAAGGCCAACGGGUGUUACCCCAAUCCGUCUCAAUCGUCCAAUUUCCAACGGCAAGAUUGGGUGCGAGCACAGCUCAAAAGAACACCCAGAACGAAUAAAUUGGACGAGCAUGAGCACAGAAAGGAGAGAUUCAAUGACAAGGACACAUAUGACAGGGAGUAUCUCAGGCAGGACACGAUGAAGGAAAAUGUGGAGAAUUGCAAGGCUUAUCGAAGCAGGCAGUUGAACGUAAGCUACGAUAUGUUAUCGGAGGAUUACAACAGCAAGAGCUUGCAGCAGGACAUCCGAAAUGCCGAACGGGUGUCGAUUCACGACUCGGAGCAGGAUCUAACGGGUAGCAGCGAUACACCCCGCUCUGGUAGCGAUUGCUACGAGUUCAAGAAGGUCAAGCCCUCCGAGGUACAGUACGUGAGUCUGGAAUCACCGAUGUCGGAGAAAGAACGCCGUCGUCAAGCCCGCGAUCGCGAAUUAUACGAUGACUUUGUUAGAGUAAAGGCAAUAUACAUGGAGGCACUAAAGUAUUGCAAGAAUAAGGAAUCGAAUGGCGAAUCCGAUGGGAAAAUUACAUACUGCGAGGAGAGGAGUCGAUCGACUGAGGUCUACGGAACCGCGGACGUGAACGAUUCCUAUAAAAGCGUAGUCGAUCUUAGCGAGGAUGAGCAAGAGGAAAGGACUACAUCAUGGCCGGAUACACCGCCGCCGUUGCCGCCAAGGCUCAGACACCUGCCGCCGGUGCACAUGAACCUCGAGGACAGGCAUAAAGUGGCGGGUAGAUCCAGAUCUCUACCACCGCCACCGCCCUAUCGACCGCCGCCGCAGCCUCGCGCUCCCAUCACCACGAGGCAUCUGGGAUUCGGCAGAUCCGUCGUUGACGACGAGAGUUAUGUCUGAGAACGAAUGGCGAAUUCUCUAUUGCCUUCUUAGUCAUCGACUAUAUAUAUAUAUAUAUAUCCCUUUUCCUCUCGUUAUCCCGGCGUGUAUAAUGUCUCCAGGUCGUAGAUUCGCUACGACGAUUGAACCUAGUCCAAACCGAAACACAUGUAUCGGGAUAAAGAGAUGGCGUUUUUUUUUAAUCGCGCCGUCGCGAUUUUUCGUCAAGAGCGACGAGUACUUAUCGUCCUUCUUUGAUCAAACUUAGAAAUAGCGAGAUGAAUGAGACGAAGUGAAACAGCGAAGUACAAAAUUCGCUAUCUAUUCGUGACCGCCGACAAUUGAUCUUGGCCCGUGUGUCCUUGAUGCGUUUUCGGUACUAAUUGUGUUCAUUCAUUAUAUCUUCUUCAUUUGAAUUCUUGUUGCAUAAGCAGAUGAAACUUUGGUUCAGAUAAUUGUAUCAAGGUUAAAUGCUAUGCUAAAAAUCGAGGACCGGGCCUGUGACUGUCAUUCAGUGAUUCAGGGUGCUUCCACGAGCGUUAAUUCAUGUUAUUUUAGUAGAUUUAGCAUUCGUAUUUAGGUAGCUAACUAAGUAUAGACUAAUCAAACGGACAAUACUAGCCCCAAGACGAUACUAUGAAUAACUUUUUUUCUUACGUAAAUAACGUUUAUAAAAACAUUAAUCAGAGAUGAAUUCUCUACAAACGUUGAAGAAGUUUUGUGAAAAUACAACUAAUGUUGCUUGUUAGCAGCGCAAUAAAGGGCACAUUAAUGUGCUCGACGAUCAUGUAUGUUUUUUAGCGCUUUAACCGGCGAAAAAUCUUUUAUUCUUAUAAAUUAAUUUUAACGGAUAUAUUCUUCAAAUCGAGUGUAUUUUUCUAUCGAUGCAUCAGCACGUUUAUAUAUAUUAAUAAGUUUAUGAGAAGCCAAAAGUUGCGGGAACAACGAUGAAGUUUUGCAGAAAAGAACUCGUUAUAAAUUUCUAAAGAACGUUAUAAGAUAUUUAAUUUUGCUCACUCGUAACUGAGACCAAUUCAAAACUGACUUUAAGUUAAGAAAGAUCACUCCUCUCGACUCCUCUUUUUUUAAAUGGCUUUGUUAACAACGCGUUAGUAGCUGUGUUUUAACAAAAUUUGCUUGACAGAAUUAUUAUCUCUUCAAUAUUUCCUUUUCCGCGCGUAUAUUUGUCAGAAUUUCUUUCGCGUUUGCAUCGAACAGGAACGAAUCUUCUCUGUAUUAUAACCAAUGAUGAUAAACCAAGUUUCUCUGACAAUCGUAACAAUGAUUUACAAAUAUAAAAUACUGUGUGCGUGAGUACAAUCGCGAUUAUCUUCUUAAACGGCUAUCGAAAGCAUUAGAGUGUUAUAUACUAUGUGCGGCCGGCCUUUUGCCGUUUUUUUUUGUAUAUAUUAAACUGUAAACUCUGUCAUCUUUUAUAUCGUUGAACUUAUAGUAUCAUAUGUAACACCCAUAAGAUAUGUAUACUUAUCUAAAUUAUAUAUGUUAUGCUAUAAAAGCAAAUAUAUAUAUUUCGUAUUUUA